AUAGGAAAACAAAACAAAAAGUAAAUAAGUUCCUACGGGAAAACGGGUUCCAUGUUCUUCUUCUUCCUUUUCACUGGGAAUCCUGUUCUUGAUAAUUGUGAUUUUUCCUUCCAGCCGAUGUGCCGGCGGGGAGGAUUCUUCUGGCAGUUCCGGCAGAUGUCGAUCGUCUCCUGAAUUCGAGAUACUGCUUUUGAAUCUUAAUCCCACUCUGUUCUAUGUGGAGCUUGGUAACUUUUGCCUGCAGGUGAUUUAGAGAGGUUUUGUUUUGGGUUUCAGUAGCAAUGAAGGCUAUGGCGUCCGUCCAGGAUCUGAUCGAGGAGUUUAAACUUCGAACGGUUUGGUGGACUCUGUGUAUUUUCUCGAUUUCGUAUUUUUUGACGCAUACUAGUAAGUCAAUGUGGUUGAAUGCACCUCUAGCAAUUCUAUUAGUUUCUGCAUUACGCAUUUUGUUCAAUGAGGUAGAGUUCCGUAGAAAGGUGCGACCUGUUCAGCAACAGACGUACCUAUCUCAUCUGGAGAAGAAGCAGUUAUCUGUAAAUGACUUGCGACUUUCUUCGGCCAUUCCGCCACCAAGAUGGAAAAGGAAACUUGACUCUCCAAUUGUGGAGGCUGCAAUGAAGGAUUUCAUUGAUAAAAUACUGAAGGAUUUUGUGGUGGACUUAUGGUAUUCAGAAAUAACCCCAGACAAAGAGUUUCCUGAGCAGAUACACGCUCUAAUCAUGGAUGCCCUUGGAGAGAUAGCAGUUAGGGUGAAGAAGAUAAACCUUGUUGACUUGCUCACCAGGGAUGUUGUUGAUUUAGUAGGUGAUCACCUGGACCUUUUUAGAAGAAACCAAGCUGCCAUUGGCAUUGAUGUUAUGGGAACACUAUCUUCCAAGGAGAGAGAUGAAAGAUUGAAACACCAUCUUAUGGCUUCUAAGGAGCUUCAUCCGGCACUGCUGUCUCCUGAGAGUGAGUACAAGGUCCUUCAACGGCUCAUGAGUGGAGUGUUGACUUCAGUACUGAGACCAAGAGAAACUCAAUGUCCUGUUGUCCGAUCCAUCGCUCGAGAACUUUUAACAUGCUUGGUGAUGCAACCUCUUAUGAACUUUGCAAGUCCUGGGCACAUAAAUGAAGUGAUUGAAUGUAUUGUCCUUGCUACUAAAGCUGAGAAUGACUCUGUGAUAGGCAGUCAGCAAUCAACUUAUUCUUCAGAUCAAGACAAAGACCAUUCUUCUACUGCUGGGUUCGUACAUGACGACGAUUUGGAUAAAUCGAAACACUCAUCUUUAAAUCCAGGGAAUGGUUCAGAGCUUGCUAAAAUUGACAAUCAACAAGAAAGAUCCUCAGGUUACAUGUUCCAGGAGGAGCCUUUGCAACUGAGACAUGGUGAUUGGGGCCGUGCAUUAAAUGCAGCAACCCAGAGGAGGACUGAAGUUCUUAUGCCUGAAAAUCUUGAAAACAUGUGGACUAAAGGACGAAACUACAGAAAAAAGGAAAAUAAGAUCAUUAAAGUAGGAGAUUUUGACCCUAUGGUUACAAAAAAUGAUUCUGGAAUAAGUAGCAUGCAGCUCGCAGCAACAAUGAGGGAUGAAGUGUUGAAUGACAAGCAUCAUGCUUCUAUUGGGCCAGAAGAAAUGGCGAUAGUAAGGAAAACACUGGAAAGACAUUCUGAUCUAAUUUUGACCUCCAAACCAGGUGAUGAGAACAAAAUUGGCUUUCAGAUUUCUCGGGAUUUUCAGAAGGAUUUGUCUAUUGAUGGGAAGUUUAUUGCUAAGAAAUUAAGGGGUGUUGAUAAUCUUACUCCUGCUAGUGCAACCAAAAAUCAGCUCAAGAGAUCCAAUAGUACUUCUGCUUUGGAAACUGAAGUCAGUGUAGAAAAGACUUCUACAGUAGAAGGUGGAAGAUCUAUUAUAUCAGAUUUCUCUGGUCCCAAUUUUGGCAAGCAUAGUGAAGAGCACCUUUCUAAGAGUGUCUCAGAUAUGGUAGCUCAAAAAGAAGGACUACUUGUUCCCAAACUUAGGAGUCGGGUAAUGGGCGCAUACUUUGAGAAGCUUGGUUCAAAAUCUUUUGCUGUGUAUUCAAUAGCUGUUACAGAUACAAAUAAAAGAACUUGGUUUGUCAAGAGAAGAUACCGAAAUUUUGAGCGUUUACAUCGGCAUCUUAAAGAUAUUCCCAACUAUACACUGCACCUGCCUCCCAAACGAAUAUUUUCAUCAAGCACAGAAGAUGCUUUUGUUCACCAGCGUUGCAUUCAACUUGACAAAUAUUUGCAGGAGCUACUAUCAAUUGCAAAUCUUGCCGAGCAGCAUGAAGUAUGGGAUUUUUUAAGUGUUUCCUCAAAGAACUAUUCUUUUGGAAAAUCUUCCUCAGUGAUGAGAACACUAGCAGUCAAUGUGGAUGAUGCUGUGGAUGACAUUGUACGCCAGUUUAAAGGUGUUUCAGAUGGUUUCAUGCGUAAGGUUGUUGGUUCAACGUCACCUUCUGAUGAAGCUUGUGCCUUGUCAAACUAUGAACAGAAGUUCUCAUUUAAUUCAGCAGACUUGCGGAAGCAUGUUUCUGCACAAUAUAAUUUAGUAGCUAACAACAUUUCUGACGAGGAAAGUGAGAGAAUUGGAAGUCAAAAUCAUGAUGUAAGUGGAUGGCAUUCAGACAAUGAAUUAAACUCCAAGAGCUUUCCUCCUCGUGUGAUCAAACGUGGUCGAGAGUUGGAUAAAGUUGUUGACAAGAAAAAUGAUUUAGAAUUGAGGUCUGGAGCCAGCCUUGGAGGACAUUCUCCAACUUUACAUAAUAUGGAAGAUCCAGAAGGAAUGCCACCGGAGUGGACUCCACCUAAUGUUAGCGUACCUCUUCUAAAUCUGGUUGACAAGAUAUUUCAGCUUAACAGGAGAGGCUGGUUAAGGAGGCAGGUCCUUUGGAUAUCAAAACAAAUAUUACAGUUAAUUAUGGAAGAUGCCAUUGAUGAUUGGAUUGUCAGGCAAAUACACUGGCUACGGAGGGAGGACAUCAUUGCUCAGGGUAUUCGAUGGGUCCAAGAUGUUCUCUGGCCCAAUGGAACAUUCUUUAUACAAUUAAGGAAUGCUCAAAGUGAAGAUGAUUCUGAAUCUAUUACUAGCCGAACUGAUGGAAGUAAGAUCCCCAAGCCUGGAUCUUUUGAGCUUCAGCUUGAGGCUGCUCGCAGAGCUAGUGAUGUCAAGAAAAUGCUUUUAGGUGGGGCUCCAACACCCUUGGUAAGCUUGAUAGGGCACAAGCAGUACAAAAGAUGCGCAAAAGAUAUUUAUUACUUCACUCAGUCUACCAUCUGUGUGAAGCAACUUGGGUAUGGAUUACUCGAACUAUUACUCGUAUCGAUUUUCCCCGAGCUGCAGAGUUUAGUUCUGGAGGUUCACGGUAAGUCGGACAUCUCACAAGCAGUUAAGUGAGCGAGCAGAGUACUCUGGAACCUGUAAUCCAGGUAGUGCUUGCAUAUUCCUCCCCCAAUCCCCAGCUCAGGAUCGCAAGAUUUUACCUAAAGUAGCAUUCAGGUUCCCUCAGUUUUGAUGUUGGUAAGUAGUAUUUAAGUGAUGAACACGAGCAGGAGUUUUGUGGAUUGCUGAAAAUUCUUUUGUGAAUAAAAAUGGUUCUGCACGUCCUUGUUUCCUUGAACUGUAUAUAAUCUUUUAGUUUUAGGGUUUGUAUAGAGUUAGUGGUAAAGCAGGUGAUGGACAAUCUUUGGUUGAUAUUGAAAAUUAUUUAUUCAUUAUUCCAUUUGUUUGUAUUAAUGUCUUGGAGAUCUGGAUCUUGUUUAUAUUAA